GACACUUUGAACGGCUAGAAUUACAUCGGAUCGAUUGAAAAUCGGUUGGAAGUCGAAUAAUUUUCUACUUGCAUAACGUGCAAUGUCGGAAUCAUUAUAAUUCUACGCGAUGCUAUUUAAUACUGCGCACUUCAAGCAUGCAUUUUUCGUUCUACUUAUGAGAAAAAUUAUUCGCAGUAGUAGGGACAAUCGUCGCGACGUAAUAUAUCAGGUGUACGCCCUCGAAUAUAAUGUUACUUGUCAAAAGUCAAAACUAUAAAAAUAACGAGCGUCUCGCGCGCGUAGUAUCACCCAACAGAGCAAAACCAGCGAUCCAUUCAUUUAACGCAUAUUCGCAUAUCAAUGCAAUUGGAACAGGUUUGCAAAAAUCGGCAAGUGCAACGCCGCUGAAUAAUUCAAACGCCGCGUCGAUCAAUUCCCGCACAAAGCGACUCGGAAACGUUCUUCGGAGCAUCGUCGCGCAUUCUCUUUGUUUGCCCGUCGAGCGAGAGAGGGAGAGAGAAGAGUACCCUGCAUUUCUUACCCCUUUUCUCAAAGCACGCAUAACAAUAAUUUUUUUUUUUCACAGACAAAGCCGUUCGCGAAUCAAUCCCUCCAAUUUAAAACGCAAAUCAAGCUGAUUAGGCAUUGUGUCUAGUCUGCAUACGUAUGCGGCUCUCUCGUCCAAGGCAAACAUGCAAAUUACGAGAGUGAGCGCCAUAUACAUACAUAUACUAUAACGUACAUAUAGUACUGUCAUGUUGUGUGUGCCGCGUCGCGCGCGAGCAAAAAAACGCUCGCAAUGGGCGGACGAUCGCGACGAGAGAGAGAGAGAGAGAGAGAGAGAGAGAGAGAGGGAGAGCAGAGAGGGAGAAAAAAAGAGAGAGAGAGAGAGAGAUAGAGAGAGCGCGAGAGAAGAACGAACGGACGCGCGCGUAUGGCAUCAAUGUCUCUUCUUCCACACACUCGUCAAUUUCGUUUCGCUGUAAUUGCAGUCGAACUGCGCUUAGUUUUGAACCGCGAGUUCGCUCGAAAUUUCCGAAAUAUUUAAGUGAACUUGGUGGCUCCGGCUGAUUUUGCAAAAUACCAGUGCUUCGCAUUUGUCAUAACAGGCGAAACGCCCCGAAAAAGAUUAUUAUAAUGAAGGAUAAGGAUGAAGGGAGAGUCUGAAUAUGUGAGCGCGCAUAGGUAGAUGCGAAUAAGCAGCCAAGAGAGAGAGAGAGAGAGAGAGAGAGAGAGAGAGACAUACAGUGUGUGUAAGUGCGCGCGGCUCACGACGACGGGGGGAGUCGCGCGUCGCGCGAGUUUCCAUUCUCGCGAUUGGUUUUUUCGUGGAUCGACGACGCACUCCGCGCGCGAGAACGAGACAGAGCGAACUCCGCACUCUAUAGCACACACGUGAGAGCAUAUAUAUGUAUAUAUAAAGUUCUGAUAGAGAGGGGGAGCAGACAAGAGAGUGAGAGAGUGAGAGAGAGAGAGAGAGAGAGAGAGAGAGAGCGAGAGAGAGAGAGAGCGAGCGAGAGAGCGACGAAAGGGGGGCCGCGGGCACGCGCGAGUUGCGGCGGCGGUGGCGGAAGGAGCUGCGGCGGGCUGCAAAGACGGCGACGGCGAUGUGCUCGACUCCAAGUAGAAUGCUUGUCAAGUUUGUUGAGUGCCGCUGCUGGUAGCCGAGCGAGUAUAGUUGAGCGUAUCAUGGCGUCAAAGGUGCCCCAAAACGCGGACAACGUGGUGAACGAGCGCCGGCUGAGGCCCAUCUACGAUAGACUUGACAAUGGGAACAACAAGAAGGCCCUCCAGGAGGCGGAUAAGGUCCUGAAGAAGCAUCCGAGCAACCAGUGCGCUCGCGUGCUCAAGGCCCUCGCGUUGCUGCGUCUUGGCAAGGAGGACGAGUGCCAGAGCAUCAUUGACAAGGUUCGCGCCGAAGUGCCCUGCGAGGACUACACUCUCCAAGCCAUGAGUAUCUGCUACAGGGAGAUUCACCAACCUGAUAAAAUCAGCGAGGUCUACGAAGCGGCAUCCAAAGCCGAUCCCAACAACGAAGAGCUUCUGACGCACCUUUUUAUGUCCUACGUGAGACUGGGUGACUACAAGAAGCAGCACCACACUGCGUUAGCUUUAUACAAACUGGUUCCUAAAAAUCCCUACUACUUCUGGGCUGUUAUGAGUAUUGUGAUGCAGGCCAGCCAAGCUGAAGAUAAGCAGGCCAAAAAUGUCAUUCUACCCUUAGCUGAGCGAAUGGUACUGAAAUUAAUUAAGGAAGGAAAAAUAGAAGCUGAACAGGAGAUUCAGCUUUACUUGAUGAUCCUUGAAAUGCAAGGCAAGACUGAGGAAAUGUUUGAAAUUAUAUCAGGACCAUUAGCUCCUAAACUGUCUAAUGUUACACAACGUAAGGCCAAACUCCUGCUCCAAAUGAAACGCUUCGAUGAAGCUGCCAAGGCUUACGAAGAGCUUAUUCGUAAGGAGCGAGACAAUUGGGCAUAUUAUCAAGAAUACUUGACAGCGGGUCUGAACUGUCAAACGGCUACCAAGUGCUACAAAUUUUUAAAUGAAACCAUCACUACUACGUUUGAUGAUAAAGUUAGAGCACCGCAACUCGCGCGUCUAGAAUUGCUCAAGCGUACAAGCGAGCAAAAAUUAGAAAUUGAACAUUGCGCGCACAUUUGCGAUGAUAUGCGACAAUACUUUAAACAAUUCGGAAAUAAAGGAUGCAUUGUUGGAGACUUAAAAUUAUACUUGCAUUUAUUGAGUGAUGCUGAUAAAGAGGAAUUGUUAGAAAAUAUAGAAAUUGAUAUCGGAGUUGGCGAGAAUGACUAUCCUACCACAGUCGACCAAAUGCAAAGGCACAUUCAUUUCGAGCAGUUGAAACGAAUCUGUGGUAGGCACCAUCCGCCGCGAGCUGACGUAGAAGAACGAAAAAAUCUAGUGAAGCGUCUUAGCGAUUUAUAUGAUAAAGGUAAUGCUCUCUGCCCACGUGAAACAAGACUGGCGACAGACUUUUGUCCUGCCGAUUCAUAUAUACUUUUGGCUGUUCAUAUUUUGUACCAGCUGUGGUAUGAGACGUCUGAUGCUACGUGGUUGUACAAAGCAAUGAAUAUUUUGGAACGAGGAUUACUAUCAAGCCGCGCUAAUUUCCACCUUAAAAUACUUCUAAUAAGGAUAUACUUGGAAGCAGGAGUAACAGUGGGGGCUAAUUUUGCCUAUUCAAUGUUAGAUUGUAAACAUAUCCAAUUAGAUUCGUUAGGACAUUUAUAUGCACCAUUACUUGCGCCUUUGGGCUACUUAUCGCAGGCAUCCUAUUGUCUUGACCACGCUGCUAAAUUUUUUAUUGCAAAUUACAAAGAUAGCGCCGAUCAUUUGACGUAUGCAUACAAGUUUGGAAGUUUCUUAAAAAUACAGGAAUUCGUUGAACUGCGCGAACGUUUAGAAAAUUCAAUUCAUUUUGCCAUGACAACUGUUGACAAAAUGUUGUUGGAGAUGAGCUGGUGCGACAGUCCAAUGGCAGUUACUAAUUCUUUAUCUAGCAUGCACAUUCAACCUGCAGAGGAUUCGAUUCGAUGGGACCUACUUCGAGACAAUCGUGAUGUGGAUGUUGUAGUAGGCUGGGAGCCGCUGCCAGAAAAUAACGAAGACCUUCGAAUGAAGUUAGAAACGAGAGAAUGUAUGGUGCGUUUACUCGCUGCCCGUAGUCUUAUGUUAAGAAUACUGGCGGCGGCGAAUGACGCAGACUCUUCGUCGCUUCUUGCUCGAUUGUCUGGUGAACUGAAGAAACUACAGAGCGAAGUUAUCCCGCAACUUCUUCAGAAAUUCAAGCGUGACGGAAAAGAUAGAGUCAAUAGUGUUAUAGUUCCUCUGGAUGCUGUAGAGCGUUUACGCGAAGCCUACAGCUCCGAACAACUGAGUCUGAUUGCUCAGUUUGCAGAUUCGCUUGCGAAUUCUUCGUGCCCGGACUCCGAGUGCAUUGAAGCACUUCGAACUUCGCCGUGUUUGAAACCGCUACCUCUACCGGAACAAAACAAACCAGUUUCUUACAGGAAGUUCCUUUUUAGAGCGUCCACAUGCGGAGAAACUUUAGCUUUCUUGAGUGCCAUUUGUACUUCAGCUGCAUCACAAAUCAAACCUAAUAUAUCCAAGAAAAAGAACAAGAGGAAAAACACUAAAGAACCUGUCGUGUCUACUGCAGUAGAAAAUCAGACAUGGGUGAAAAUUUCUCAGGUAUUAACGGAAAAACUACAAAGCUUAGAAUUCAUAUUGAAUGACCUUGAAAAAUUAGAAUAUUGUUCUGGUUUGAAUCCUGAAGGGGAUAUUCUUAACAAGAGAGUACACAAAUUCGUUUAUUCAAGUCUUGAAUCAAGUUGUUCGUCUCUAAAAUCGCGCAUUGUGAAUACUCAGAAACUCGUAAAUAAUUUGAAAAGCUGAAAUUCUAAAAUUGAAUUGUACAAAAAUUUCCAUCCGUUCAGGUAUAUUUGGCCAAUGAAUUACGAUUCAUGUACAUAUGCAACUUUGUUAUCAUUGAUGAAUCAACGACCAUUAUCAUUUUUACGAUGAAACGAGCUAAAACUUUUACGAACGAAUUUAUCGACAACUUUGAUGCACUUAUAAUUACUACAUUGAUCUAUUUCUAUGAGAGAUAAGAAAAAUUUCAUAAAAAAUAUCAUAUAUAUAAACGUGCAUUUACGCACGUAUGUACACAGAUAAAAAGUUUUUAUUUUUAACACUGCCAUGUGGAUGAGAGAAAGAAUGAAUUAUCUUUUAAGGUAAACAAAUAAAGUAUCAAAGAGGAAUCAUCAAAAAAAGGUACUAAUAUUAAAACAUUUCUCCCAAAAGUUGAUUUGAAAAAAAUAUGUAAGGCCAGUUGCAUCGUAAUAAUGCUAUGUAUAUGUAAGGGAUUUAUAUGAUGUAAUGAAUAGCUCUAGCGUGUUUGCUUUGUUCCUAAUUCCAAUCCCUGAAUAUAUUGGAAAAUACAAUAAGUAAGCGAUAGCACAAAUGGAAAGAGAUUUGUAUUGUGCCAUUGAUUUGCGAAUCCAGCAUUGCAAUAAGCGUGUUUAUCGCUACGUGUUUGAUCGCAUGUAUUGUAUACGACGGUAGUAAGUCGAGAAAAGAGAGAAAAAUAAAAAUUUUGGUAAUAUUAUUGUAAUGAAAUUGAGGGUAAGGAUAUCAUGGUACUAGAAGCUUAAUCAAUGUUGUCCUCGAAUAGUUUUUUUUUCUUGAAAAAUUGUAUUGUCAUUCAAUAUGCAAAAUAUUUAGAGGAUAACACGGAUUGAGUAAGCCAAAUGAUACAGAUAUUGUUGUAAACUCGCUUUUUAUGGUAAAUAAUAAUAUAUACACAUAAGUUUUUCGCUGUUUACACGUAGCUCAAAUUUUACAUUUAUAACAGUUUGUUUUCUUGAUACAUGAAUCCAUGAUUCAAUGCGAACAAUUUACAAAAUGAGAAUAAGAAAACAGCUCAAGAAAGUUCCUGCAUGUUUAGUAAAUCAAUUAUUUGUACAAAACUUUCGAAAUUAAAAAAUGAAAUAUCUAACAACAA